UCAUCAUCAUUUUCGUCCCCUUUUUUAUACAUACACUUCUAAACUGCUAUAAUAUAAAUCGAAUUAUCAAAGAAUCAAACUUGAAGAUGAUCACCGCGAUAAGAUUAACCACAAUUAGAGCACAACCACCCUCUGUAUUCUCAAAUCCUUUGCCUUAUCAUAUUGGUCGAAACUCUUCUGAAAUCAGAUUCAGACAAGUCGUAACCUCAGCUGGCCAACCGGACAAUACCGACAAGAUGGAUCAAGCUAAGAAACCUGCAGACGAAGCAGAGCACAAAGCUGCGGACACAAUGUCGAGCAGCUUUGGAGAUGGAUAUGCGACCAGAUCGGAUGAAGAAGGUUUUGGAGGCAUUUAUGGAGGAAACAAAGAGGAUGAGGAAAAGAUAAUCCAUGGAAAAGCCCAUGAGUAUGAUACUAAUCAAGGAAGUGAAGUUAAAGAGAAGGAGAAGGCACGUAAUCAGCGUCAAGCAGCAUGAAGAAAACUGCCAUUCUAUGGAUGGGACUCAUGUUGCCGAGCAGCAGAUUAAUUCGCCAAAUAAGUAGUAUCUGAACAUUGUUUGUUAAAUCGUUGGUUACAUAAUGGUGUAUGUUUUUGUAAUUAGUCAGGUGGGUGGUUCAGUCGGUCAAUAAAUCGUGGGAUUUUUAAGAAAUCACCUAGCUUUAAUCAAACCAUGCUAAAUGCCUAUAUCCAAACUAAACGUCUAAACAAAAUCACAAGCAUGGAUGGUUUGGAAAAAUUCAUAGUACUUCGCUAAACUUGUAAAAAAUUAAAUGUAAUAAUUUUGUGUGUGUUGGAUGAAAUUUUGCUAAUUA